AAUCACUGGAUGAAUUAAAUAACCCUGCUCCUCUUGUUAAUACAGAUGCUUCUACUAGAAUCAAGAAUGGUCGUGGCAAGACUAGAGGUAAAGGUCUUAAAAAAAUGAAGAAGGCUAUGGGAAGUAAGAUGAAAAUAGAUAUCCCAGUUGGUAAAGGAAGGCCAACUAAACCAGUUCAAUCGGCAAAAUUAUCCAAUGAGUUGGGGAUAAUUGCUCGAAAUUUUAUUUCACUUCCAAAUAAGUGGAAGGAACUCACAAGAGAGGACAGAGAUGCAGCACUAAUUAGAUGUCAUGAGAGGUUUGAGAUUAAUUUGGACGAGCAUUACGUGAAAGAUAGCUGUGAGGAUAUUCUGAAAAACAGAAGCCGACAAUGGCGCUACAAGUUAAAACAAUUGUUUGAAAGCGCACACUCAGAGGAAGAAGCUCGUAAAAUCGAAGUGCCAGAGUUGACCCCAGAAAAUUGGAAUAGACUUUGUGACAUGUGGAUUGAUCCAAAACAUAAGAAACGAUGCGACAUAAACAAGGUCAAUCGAACUAAGCUUAUAUCUAAUCAUUUCAUGGGAUCAAAAGCAUUUGUAGCGGCUCGUGCUGAACUUGGUGAAAAUGAACCUGAAAAAGUAGAGCCUGACAGAAUCGAGUUCUACAAGCAUACUCAUUACAAGAGUAAGAAAGGAUGGUCAUCUUUAGAGGCUGAGACUCACUAUAACAACAUGAAAGAUUUGAAAGAUCUAUAUACUUCGGGAGAGGCUUCCAUGACUACUGAUGAAAUUGUGGAUACCGUACUUGGUAAAAAGUCGGGGUACAUAAGAGGACUUGGUUAUGGUCCAAAACCUAAUACUACAAGAGCUACACAAAGGAAAACGGCAGAGUUAGAGGACUCCCUCAGAAAAGCGAAACAGGAAGCUGCUAGUGCCCAAAAUAAUUUACAGAAUCGAUUAAAUGCCGCUGAAACUGUGGUAGAAAACCAGCAGACUCAAAUACAAGACCAGCAGUCUCAAAUAGAAGCAUUAAACUCUCAAUUGAAUACUAUUGUGGCACGCCAAGAGGAAAUGUUUAGGAAAAUGCAGUGUUUUGCUCGCUCAUCGCCUUCUAACAGAGACGGAGCUCCAUGAGAAUGCCAACUUUAGGUAUAAAAGGUGAGAAUUGAAUCAAGACUAAUGCAAGACAAGUAUCACCAUAUUAUUGAUACUUUGGAAGAAAUUUCUACUUUUCUGUCUUGGUUUAGGAGUAAUAUUUAUUCUAUUUCAGUUAGAUUUUCUUGUUAUUGGACAUAUUUUACUUUAGUUCAAGGAGCUUGUUAAAGUAC